UCAUAGUCAUUGUAUAUUCAGCUACUUUGGAUACGCACCAAGCAUCAUGUCUACCUUCGCUUUCCUCCUCCUCUGCGUCCAAGCUUGCUUGGUUCAGAAUGUGUACAGCCAGUGUCUGCGUGGUGCUGCUGGACCUAUUGGGUGGGACGCUGGAGUAGCUGGCUGCGGCUGGGGUCCCGGCGUUGCUGGCGUAGGCUGGGAAGGUGGAUUCGCUGGGCCCGUUGGCUACGGCUGGGGUCCCGGCGUUGCUGGCGUAGGCUGGGAAGGUGGAUUCGCUGGUCCCGGUGCUUGGGGCUGGGGUUCCUACGGAGGUGCCGGUGUUGGUGAUGUAGCAGUUGCCGGUGAAAUGGGCGUCGCUGGUAGCACACUUGUCGCUGGUCAAGUGCCAAUCCUUGGUGCUGUCGAAUUCGGAGGUGUCGUGCCAGCUGCUGGAGCUGUGUCCAUCGCCGGUAGCUGCGGCUGCGGCUGCAACGGUGGUUACAUUUACUGAGCAAAAAUUGUAAUAAAAACCUUUCGCUGACCAAAUAAAUAAUAAUAUUGGAACUCUAA